AUGUAUGGGGUGGCGGUAACGACUGACCUUGUGGAGGACAUUGAGCAGCAGAAGAAGCAGGACAGCGACUCAGGAGUGGGCAGCGACAACGGAGACAAGAGACUGUCUGCUACCGAGGUACGAUUCUUUUGCUUUCCCGGGGGAAGAGACCUGAAUUACAGAGCGUUACCUUAUCGGAGCCACUCUCAGCUCACGUUUCGUCCUCUCCACACAGACCCACACUUGGACUCGGUGCGUCUGAUUGAGGAGAGCCCUACGGAAGCCCUGAAGGACCAGUUCAGCUACAGAGACUCCGCUCUCAGCACGCGCUUCCUCAACUACAUCAAGGGUCGGACAGCAGCAGACUUUGACGAGCCCCUCAGAAUAGAGGAAGACUCACACUGGCCACCGGGACAAAUGUCAAAGGUCACCGGCGGCGCGGAGCUGCACAUGGACAUGAUCAACCAGCUGAAGGAGGCCGUGGAGCUGCUGCAGGACCCCAGCAGAGUGAGCGCGGAGCAGGACGACCCGUCAGGAGUUCAGCUCUACCCCGUGGAGAUGGUCGAAGUGGAAGAGUCCCUGAAGUAAGACUGGCUGGCGAAUAGUUUUCUGUGUCUCGGUAUCAGGUUAGUCUGGCGAUGCCAGACCGUCCUCCACAGCGCUGCGGAGGAAGGUCUGAGCUAGUCCACACAGCAUUCUGGGAUGGGAGAAGAAGAGCUCUGUG